CCACAAUGUCACAACAAUCGGCCUUCAGUUCUCCUGGAUUCGACUUUUCUAACUCUGUUAGAAAUAAUUUCCUCCAGGAGAAGGGCAUGCCCCUUCCAAAGGCUACCAGCACCGGUACCACAAUCGUAGGCUGUCUCUUCAAAGAUGGCAUUAUCCUUGGUGCCGACACGCGUGCCACAGAAGGCGAAAUAAUUGCAGACAAGAACUGUGAAAAGAUCCACUACAUAACAGAAUCGAUCCGGUGCUGUGGUGCAGGUACUGCUGCAGACACCGAGUUUACUACCGCGUCGAUAUCAUCAAAUAUGGAGCUCCAUGCUCUGUCCACUGGGAGAAAGCCAAGAGUGGUCACUGUGAUGACUAUGUUGAAGCAAUACCUUUUCCAAUACCAGGGCCAUGUCGGAGCUGCUCUUGUCCUUGGAGGAGUUGAUUCGACUGGGCCACAUCUUUUCACCAUCCAUCCACAUGGGUCUACAGACAAGUUGCCUUACGUGACCAUGGGCUCCGGAAGCUUGGCAGCUAUGGCUGUUUUUGAAAGCAGCUGGAAGCCAAACAUGGAGCGCAACGAAGCUUUGGCCCUAGUGUCUGCCGCUGUGUCAGCUGGUAUUUUCAACGACCUUGGCUCAGGGUCCAACGUUGAUGCAUGUAUCAUUACUGCCACGCAAACGGAGAUGCUUCGCAAUUUUGUCAAGCCCAACGAGCGGGUAGAGAAGGAACGCCAUUACACAUUCAGAAGAGGGACCACGGCAUGGAAGAGCGAAAAUAUAAGAGAUUUGAUUGUUAACGAAGACAUCACACUUGUAGGCGCCACCGGUGAUGCAAUGGACACUAGCUAGACGAGAUCGGCAAAUGAUACUUGGAUUCCUUUGCACACUGAUACUGUCGGUGGUUUUCAUGUAAUUCUUCAAUAUUUCUGCUUAUCAACUCGAAGACAAGCGCAACGCGAAAAGGUGAAUGUUUGCGUUGCUCUCAGACUUUGUUCGCGAGUGCACGAUGAUUUGACAUAUAGCAUUGUAUUAAUAACAAUCUUGAGUCUGUCAGUUCUUCUAUAGACGGGUAGUUCUCCAUACUGUAGUUUCCUCUGAUGGGCCGAG